GACAGUUAGCCAUUCACUAGCCACGGUUUUACUGUAAAUUCGGGUUGCAUUCGUCGCUCAUACGUUGGGUACGAUUGCAAAACAUUUGUCGUGCGGAAGAUACAAGCGUAGCAAAGUCAUAAACAUGGCCGUUUUAUUCAAGAGUUAUCUAAAAUACAUACACGUUACAUCUCUUGCUUUGACCACGGACCGGAUUAACUAUACGACAUAUAUCGUAUCGAUCCAAACGUUUUCAGAUAGUCAUUGAACGCAACAGUGGCGUUGGCUGACGUUAGCUAUUCCCUGUUAUGCCGUGAGUUGAGCAAACUGCAAUUUUUCUCCCAGAUAGGCAUUGAACGCAGCAGCGUCGUUGGCUGACGUUAGUUUUUCCCUGUUGUGCUGUGAGUUGAGCACACUGAAGUGCUGGGAAUGCAGCUGCCGCUCCCACCUGAGGUGGUCAGAGAGUUAGUGUGCUCCUGUCUGCAUCGAGAUCCAGUGGCAGCAGAUCUUCGUUGCAGCCUGUUUGUUGCUGCUGCACAAAGCUACAGGAGGGACUCUUUGCUUCGACCCUUCCCUCCCCGGUACAUACAUGAGGACGCUAAAGACUUUGAUGCACUGCUGGCAGAUGUGAAUUCUUUCCCCGGUGUGAGAGUGUUGGUGAGACUGCGACCAGGAGAGAGACAGCACCAUGUCGCCCUCACACACUGGAUUCUCUCUUCCAAGAGCUUUGCAGUCAAGACGCUACAAAAGGACGAAUAUGCCAAAGUUUGUGCCCUGACAGAAAAUGAGAGUGUUUCUGCGCCAGCACCAGACUUCCUGUUUGAGCUGGAGUACUGCGACCAGUUGAAUGCAAGGUUUGAACGGACCAGAGCGGGCAGAGAUGUCUACUACGCCUUCCACGGAAGUCGCCUGGAGAACUUCCACUCCAUCAUUCACAACGGGCUGCACUGUCACCUCAACAAGAACUCCGUGUUUGGAGAGGGGACCUACCUCACCAGUGACCUCAGCAUGGCCAUCCUUUACAGUCCCCACAGCAGCGGUUGGCAGGAAAGCCUGCUGGGUCCGCUUCUCAGCUGUGUUGCCUUGUGUGAAGUCAUUGAUCACCCAGAUGUCAAGUGUCAGGUGAAGAAAAAAGACUCAGAAAUCGUCGACCGCCAGCGUUCACGGGCCAAAAAUAGCGAGGCAGGCGAUGUGCCGCAGAAAUACUUUGUGGUCACAAACAAUCAGCUUUUACGUGUCAAGUACCUGUUGGUUUACUCCCAGAGGAGACACCUGUCCCGAUAUUCCCACAGCAACUCCUGGUUCCUGAGACACCACUUUGCCAUCAUGAUGAGUCUCUACCUUCUGCUGCUCAUAUUCAUUGGCACCUUCAACUCCAACACCUUCAUAUCCUUUUGGAACAGACGAUUCAGCUGACAAGACCAGACUGAGCCACUCAGUCUUGAUCAACACUGUGCCUUCCGGAUCAGACUUUGACUGGAGGCCUCGACACCACUGUAUGCACAUUUUUAUACUCUAUUCCCUUUACAAGCCUGCCGUAUUUUAAUAACCCCUCCUCACUUUGUGCUUUGAACUUUGUGGCUUCACUCUUAUUAGCUUUUCAAAUAGAUAUUCAUAAAUCAGGCUGUUUUACAAAUACAAGGCAUUCAGAAAACGCAUUCAAAGAUGUGAUGAUGUGUACUCUUCUACACUGGUCACUAGGUGUCAGUAAUGCUACUGUAAUGUUUGGUGAGACACACAAGCGCCGACUUGGGGGCGGCAGCUGCGACAGCAGUGAAAUCUAAAACAAAGACAGCUGUAAAGACCCUUUAUGCUCAUUGAUCGGCCGAUUUAAAGCAAUAAGUGAAGGAUAGGCAACUCCAGAGUAAUUUACACUUACCAUUCUGUGUUGUGAAGGCGACUAAUCUCCUUCUCCAUGUCUUAAGGCUUAAGUCCAUGUUCUGCAAGUUCUCCAUUUCAUCUCCAAAGGGGUCUCCCUUCUUUUCUCCUGGAAUUCUAUCAACACAUCGUAGGGCACAUCGAUAUGAAUAUAGCCCCAAAGCCCCGAAGUUGUGCUGCACAACUUCACAAAGCUCCUGCCACAACACAGAGCACACUGCGUCUUUUUCCUGUUGCCUUGCGUUCACAGAGGUGUGCUAUUACAAAAGUGGUGCCCUAUCGCAUUGCUAAAGAUAUGGUCCCUGUUGCAAUGUUGGGGGGAAAAAAAACAGAUUUAAAAACCUACUGAAAACAAUGGACUCGUGAUGUCCAGUUAGCUUCCCAGUCACAAUUACCCUAAAUUCCAGCGUAUAAGCCGCAUGUGUCUACGUCAUAAAAUCAUACUAUGUGGUACACACGUGUCGGUGAGGACCAGGAAGCUCUUUAUUUGACAGGAGCCAAUCAUGAGCUAUGAAAAAACUCACAACAAGGUCAUUACUCAAUAUAACAGUGUGACUCACGGUGUCAUCUUACAAACAACAUUCAACUCAUCACACAGCAACUGAACACUCAAAAGGUACCUAGGAAAUAUACAUUACAAGUACCAAUAUGAGUUUAAAAUAACAAACAGAAGCUAUUUUAACAUCUACCCAUAAUGUAUUACUGCCAGAAGAGCAGUUCAUUGGAGGACAAGCAACAUCAAGCUCCGUCCACCAGAGGAGCCCGGAGCAGAGAGGGAGGCUGACAUCAUUGCAACGCCCCGAUGAAUGUAUUGUUCAGAUGCAAUGCCUUGGGGGAAAACCUUAAGAGUUUUUCUUUCAUUUCAAAAUCAUAUUGGUACAUGUUUGUAUAUUUGUCAGGUACACCUUUCGAGUGUUAAGUUGCAGUGUGAUGAAUUUCGUGUUAGUAAAAGUGAAGACUCACCUUGUGGAAAAAAUAUCGCUAUAUACAGGUAUAUCGUAUAGCAGUAUUCGACCUAAAUAUAUCAGGAUAUGAGUUUUGGUCCAUAUGUCCCAGCCCUUACACAUCGUUCUGUUCACUGUAAACAUCCUCUGUCUCGUACACCACUGCGUUUGUUUACCUGAGUGAUCGUACGACGAUGGCAUCACUUCCAGAAAUGAGGCUGAACAGCAAGCACUAGCUCGUCAUGGCUGGCGCCAUGAGCUGUAAAUGUCAUUGUUGCAAAUUUACUGUUGGCUUUAAAAAAAUCAACCAAUGUAGACGAUAAUUACAAACAAUAUAAAACAGAUUGAAGCAAAGUUGAUGAAUCGUGUCAGGGACCCUAGAAAAUGUGGCUGAGUACAGAGGAGCCAGGUGGUAUAUUAUGUCUACUAUGCAGUCCCUUGUUAUAUCAGGGGUCGAGCACCGCACCCUUACUAUCGCAGUUUUUCAAAAAAAAUAAUUGCAUAAAUGAUAGCAGUUUUGUGGUGGAUUUCGGCCUACUGACAGCAACAAAAAAUUGCAUAUCAAAGCAAAUUGCACAUAUUCUUUGCCUAAAUUAAGCAUUUUCUAGCAUGAAAAUGCCUAAAUGAAUGAAAAUACAAAUGUGAGGCAUUCAGAAGACGUGGUAUGCAGUGGAAUAUCUUGUGACUUGUGUCGCGCCUUUAAGGAGCGGGGCCUGGGAAGUGACGUGUGUGAUGUCAGCUAGCUAGAGCUGACUGCGUCUCGGUGAGCAGCUCCUGUUGUGUGUGUUUACGGCAUAUUUGUUCUCCACUUGUUAAUAAAGCGAUUGAAGCGCAUCGUGAGUCUCUCCUUGGGGCAAUAUUCUACACCGGUCACGAGGCGUCAUUCACGUUACAUUGAUGAGACACAAGCCACCACAGGAAGUACGCUGUCAGCGCUAACGUGUGAGUCUAUGAGUUGCAUCUUGUCUUAUUUUCUAUUAUUAUGUCUACUAUAUUGGGCAAUAGGAGUGUAAAGGUGACUUUGAGGGUUUCAUUUCAUGUCUAGAGGGCUCUAGUAAUGCUAAAAAAAAUAUUCAGAAGGUCGUUAAACAGGUUUGCUUUGCUCUGACUAUGAAAAUAUUUCAUUUAUUAAAGAAUCAUGCUUUGCCAAAAUUCACGAUCGGGUGUGGAACCAAUUAACGGCAAUAAACCAGGGAUUGCUGUUUUGGGUAUCCCUAGUGUAAAGGUGACUAUAGUGGUGUUAUUGCAUGCCUAGAGGCAUCUAAUAAUGUUAAACCUCGUAUUUAGAGGGUCUUUAAAAAGAUUUUCUAAAAUCUAAUUACGAAAAUCUAUCAUUUAUAAAUAAGGAACCCUACUUCAUGGAAAUUCACUUAUCAUGGUCAGGUCUGGAACCAAUUAACUGCAAUAAAUGAAGGAUUACUAUACACAUAGUCUCAAGAAAAGCUAUCGACAACUAGCACUCAUGGCUGAGCAGGAAGAGGCCAGGACAUACUGUAGUGCGUUGUUGGAAUGGUGGAGCCGCCAAUGCAGCUCCUAACUAAAACAAGACCGCACCUUUUUAAUGUAAAAAGCGACUCACCUCCUAAGAGCUGUCACAUGUCAUCAAUGUUACAAACUACGCUUAUUUUAAUAUUUACAGCAGUUUUACGCUGAAAUGACAAUUCAGAGUAUGCAUGAAGUCUUAAUGCUGAUCGUGUCCCUCCCUGUCAUUUUUUUCCCCUUUUAUUGUUUUUAGCUUUUAUUAUACACGGGUUAGCUUCUAUUUACACAUGUAUGGCAUUUAUGAAUGUUAAAAUGUUACCUUACAAUGGCAUUCACUCAAUAAAUGGUUUUAUGAUGGUCACAAAUUGA